UCCGGGGCGGGGCUGAGGAGCAAGAGGUUGUCUCUCUCUCUCCCUCCCUCUCGGUCUCUCUCUCUCUUUCUUUCUUUCUUUCUCUCUCUCUCUCCCUGGGUCGCGAUGCCUCCGGGGGGUCCGGGGCCCUUGGGGGGCCACUGCACUUCCUCCUCCUCCUCCCAGUGAUCCCCUGCCAAGCCAUGUCCCGCAAGAAGAGCCCCAAAGGCAAGGGGUCCUCCUCCUCUUCCUCCUCCUCUUCCUCCUCUUCCGCAGCCCCUUCCUCUUCCCUGCCGGAGCCCCCAGGAGCCAAAGGGGCCCCUCCUGCUACAGCCCCACCGAAGCCCUCCAACGGGGGGCCCCUCGGCAGACCCUCCCUCAGCAACAGCGGGGAGUUCUAUGACCUCGCCUUCAAGGUGAUGCUGGUGGGAGACUCCGGUGUUGGCAAAACCUGCCUCUUGGUUCGGUUCAAGGACGGUGCUUUCCUGGCUGGGAGCUUCAUCUCCACCGUCGGGAUCGACUUCCGGAAUAAAGUGUUGAAUGUGGACGGCGUGAAAGUAAAGUUGCAGAUCUGGGACACAGCCGGUCAGGAGCGUUUCCGCAGCGUCACUCACGCAUACUACAGGGAUGCUCAUGCUUUGCUGCUGCUUUAUGAUGUCACAAACAGAGCCUCCUUUGACAACAUCCAGGCCUGGCUGACCGAGAUCCACGAAUACGCCAAGCAGGACGUGGUGCUGAUGCUGCUGGGAAACAAGGUGGACUCAACCCAGGAGCGGGUGGUAAGGCGAGAAGAUGGAGAGAAACUAGCCAAGGAGUAUGGUGUGCCCUUCAUGGAGACCAGCGCCAAGAGCGGCUUGAAUGUCGACUUAGCCUUCACAGCCAUCGCCAAGGAGCUGAAGCACCGGUCGCUGAAGCUGCCCCACGAGCCGCGCUUCAAGCUCCACGACUACGUCAAGAAGGAGGUGAAGGGCGCUGGUUGCUGCCGGUCGUAAACCCUGGUGGUGCAUCAUGUACAGAGACUCGCAACGUGCGCCGUCUGCCCCACUCCUCUGUUUCUCCUUUGUGUCUUGUCCUUCCAUCCGUCUGUCUGUCUAGGUGGAAAAGGGGACGUGGGGAAGCAGGCGGGGUGUGCUGCCUCUUUUCAGAGCAGCCAGGUAAAUACCAUUUUUAAAAGAAGACUAUUGCGUCCUAUGCGCAUUGCACACAAUACUAAAACAAAUGGGGUUUUUGCACACUUCCCAUUUGUUUCUGCUGCGUUUUCUGGUGGAUUGGGAAUCUUGUCCCUUUUGCUUUCCUUAGUGUCUGUUUAUUCCCCAGCGAUUUCCGUUUCGGGAUUUGCACAAACCCCUAAAACUCUGGUAUUGAUUGCCUUUUAAAACUUUGUUUUUAACAUUGUGAUGCGUGCCAAACUACGUCUCCCAUCACCCGAAGCAAGAAAGGAGGGCAGAAUUGCUAUAUAUUUUUUGGCUUUUUGUUUUAGCUGGCUGUGCUCUCAGUCUGUGGGAGAGAAGCCUAUAAUAGCCAAGCCAUUUAAGGCUUGGUUUGGAGGGGUUUCGUCCCUGAAGCCAAAGGCUUUGGAUGUGCAAUGCAGAGAAAGCUCUUUUUUGUAUAUUUGAAAUAACUGUAUUUUUAAAUACAUCUUGCACCAUUCAGUUCUCUAUAACCUUUUUGCUGCAGCUCUUGUGGUUGUCCUUGGAUAUUGGAACGCCUCUCUUUUUUAAAAAAAUAUUUCCGAAGCCUUGUAAGAGGGAAAUAACCAAAUUAUCUGUUUGAAAAAAGUGCAGGAAGUGAAAUAAAACAAAGCAAAGAUGAGGAA